AUGAUGUUUUUGAAAACUAACUUGAAUUUAAAAUUGAUUUCAAAUCAAUUGAAAAAAAUCACAUCAUCACCACCAAGAUCAUCAUCACUACAACAAAAAUUAAUCAUAAGAAACUUUUCAAAAUCAAUUAUAUAUUCACAUCAAAUUCAAGAAAAAGAAUUAAAAUAUGCAGGAGGAGAUUUAUUAAAAGCAUUUAGUAAUGAACAUUCUGAAAAUUUAGUUGAUGUUUCAAAAGUUUUAGUUAUUGGAUCUGGUGGAUUAUCAAUAGGUCAAGCAGGAGAAUUUGAUUAUUCUGGUUCACAAGCAAUAAAAGCUUUAAAAGAAGCAAAUAAAAAAUCAAUAUUAAUUAAUCCAAAUAUUGCAACAAAUCAAACUUCUCAUUCAUUAGCUGAUGAAAUUUAUUAUUUACCUGUUACACCAGAAUAUAUUACAUAUAUAAUAGAAAGAGAAAAACCAGAUGGUAUAUUAUUAACAUUUGGUGGACAAACUGGUUUAAAUGUUGGUGUUAAAUUAGAUAAAAUGGGAGUUUUUGAAAGAUAUGGAGUUAAAGUAUUGGGGACACCAAUAAAAACUUUAGAAACUUCUGAAGAUAGAGAUUUAUUUAGUCAAGCAUUAAAAGAAAUAAAUAUUCCAAUUGCAGAAUCAAUAGCUGUUGAAAGUGUUGAUGAUGCUUUAAAAGCUGCUGAAACUGUUGGUUAUCCAAUUAUAGUCAGAUCUGCUUAUUCAUUAGGUGGAUUAGGUUCAGGAUUUGCAGCAAAUGAAGAAGAAUUAAGAAAUUUAUCUGCUCAAUCUUUAAGUUUAGCUCCUCAAAUUUUAGUUGAAAAAUCUUUAAAAGGUUGGAAAGAAGUUGAAUAUGAAGUUGUACGUGAUAGAGUUGAUAAUUGUAUUACUGUUUGUAAUAUGGAAAAUUUUGACCCAUUGGGUAUACAUACUGGUGAUUCAAUAGUUGUUGCACCAUCUCAAACUUUAUCAGAUGAAGAAUAUCAUUUAUUAAGAUCUGCUGCAAUUAAAAUUAUAAGACAUUUAGGAGUUGUUGGUGAAUGUAAUGUUCAAUAUGCUUUACAACCAGAUGGUUUAGAUUAUAGAGUUAUUGAAGUUAAUGCAAGAUUAUCACGUUCUUCUGCAUUAGCUUCAAAAGCAACUGGUUAUCCAUUAGCUUAUACUGCUGCAAAAAUUGCUUUAGGUCAUACAUUACCACAAUUACCAAAUCCUGUAACAAGAACAACAUCAGCAAAUUUUGAACCAUCAUUAGAUUAUAUGGUUACAAAAAUUCCAAGAUGGGAUUUAUCAAAAUUUCAACAUGUUAAAAGAGAUAUUGGAUCAGCAAUGAAAUCAGUUGGUGAAGUUAUGGCAAUUGGUAGAAACUUUGAAGAAAGUUUUCAAAAAGCUAUUAGACAAAUUGAUCCUUCAUAUAUUGGAUUUCAAGGUGAUAAAUUCGAAAAUUUAGAUGAAAGUUUGAAAAAUCCAACUGAUAGAAGAUGGUUAGCUGUUGGACAAGCUUUAUUACACGAAAAUUAUUCAGUUGAUAAAGUUCAUGAUUUAACAAAAAUUGAUAAAUGGUUUCUUUAUAAAUUAAUGAAUAUCGUUAAUAUGUAUAGAGAAUUAGAAUCAGUUGGUGAAUUAUCAAAUAUAAAUAGUGAUUUAAUGAGUCGUGCUAAAAAAUUAGGAUUUUCAGAUAAACAAAUUGGAAUUUGUGUUGGUGCUGAUGAAUUAGAAGUUAGAAAAAUUAGAAAAUCAUUUGGCAUAAUACCAUUUGUUAAAAAAAUUGAUACAUUAGCUGCUGAAUUUCCAGCAAAUACAAAUUAUUUAUAUACAACUUAUAAUGCAACAAGUUCAGAUAUUGAUUUUGAAGAUAAAGGUACAAUGGUAUUAGGUUCAGGAGUUUAUAGAAUUGGAUCAUCUGUUGAAUUUGAUUGGUGUGCUGUUUCAACUGCAAGAGCAUUAAGAGAAAAUGGUCAAAAAACUAUUAUGAUAAAUUAUAAUCCAGAAACUGUUUCAACUGAUUUUGAUGAAGUUGAUAGAUUAUAUUUUGAAGAAUUAAGUUUAGAAAGAGUUUUAGAUAUUUAUGAAUUAGAAAAUGCUUCCGGGGUUGUUGUAUCAGUUGGUGGACAAUUACCUCAAAAUAUUGCAUUAAGUUUACAAAAUAACGGAUGUAAUGUAUUAGGUACAAAUCCAGAAGAUAUUGAUAAAGCAGAAGAUCGUCAUAAAUUUUCACAAAUUUUAGAUUCAAUUGGAGUUGAUCAACCAAGUUGGAAAGAAUUAACAUCAAUUGAAGAAGCUGAAAAAUUUGCUGAUGAAGUUGGUUAUCCAGUAUUAGUUCGUCCUUCAUAUGUUUUAUCAGGAGCUGCAAUGUCAGUUAUAAACAACAAGAAUGAAUUAGAUUCAAAAUUAUCAAAUGCUUCAAAAGUUUCAAGAGAUUAUCCAGUUGUUAUAUCGAAAUUUAUUCAAGGUGCACAAGAAAUUGAUAUUGAUGCAGUUGCAAAUGAAGGCGAGGUAUUAGUUCAUGCAAUUUCAGAACAUGUUGAAAAUGCAGGAGUUCAUUCUGGUGAUGCAACAUUAAUUUUACCACCACAAAAUUUAUCACAAACUUUAUUAGAUAGAUUAAAAAUUAUAACUGAUAAAGUAGCAGAAGCAUGGAAAAUUACUGGACCAUUUAAUAUGCAAAUUAUAAAAAAUGAUAAAAAUGGUGAAUUAAAUGAUUCAAAUUGUGAAUUAAAAGUUAUUGAAUGUAAUAUUAGGGCAUCAAGAUCUUUCCCAUUUGUUUCAAAAGUUUUAGGAUUAAAUUUUAUUGAUAUUGCAGUAAAAUCUUUAAUUAAAAAGGAUGUUCCUGAACCAAUUAAUCUAAUGAAUAAAAAAUAUAAUCAUGUUGCAACAAAAGUACCACAAUUUUCAUUUACAAGAUUAGCAGGAGCAGAUCCAUUUUUAGGAGUUGAAAUGGCAUCAACAGGAGAAGUUGCAUGUUUUGGAAAAGAUCUUUUGGAAGCUUAUUGGACAACUAUACAAUCAACAAUGAAUUUUAAUUUACCAUUACCAGGAACAGGAAUAUUAUUUGGAGGAGAUUUAAACAAUUCAAAAUUAGGUAAUGUUGCAAAAGAAUUAAGUGGAUUAGGUUAUAAAUUUUAUACAGCAAAUGAAAAAGUAUCAAAUUAUUUAAAAGAUUAUGUAUCAGAACCAAUUGAAGUUAUUGAAUUCCCCAAAACUGAUAAAAGAGCUCUUAGAGAAAUUUUUCAAGAUAAACAAAUUGGUGCAGUAUUUAAUUUAGCAUUUGAAAGAGCAAAAGAUUUAUUAGAUGAAGAUUAUGUUAUGAGAAGAAAUGCUAUAGAUUUUGCUAUACCAUUAUUUAAUGAACCAAAUACUUCACAAUUAUUUGCUUUAUGUUUAAAAAAUAAAAUUAAUGAUAAAAUAAAAUUUGAUGAAAUUCCUGAAUCAUUUGUUAUACCUGAAGAAGUUAAAAGAUGGAGUGAAUUUAUUGGUGGAAAACCAGUAUAG